AUGGCGGCUAUUUCAUGUCACCUCUCCUCCGUGUCCUCGCCGGACUCAGUUUCUCUCUCUUCAACCUCGUCACUCUCUCGCUCCGCCCAUACGCUUCGACGAUUUCCCAGCGUCGCUGUCUCCUCUCCAGCAAUCCGUCGACGAAUCUCAUGCCAGACAGUCUCUUCUGCUCCUUCAUCCUCUGUCAAUGGAAAAGUUGUUCCUUUCCAUUUUGUGUGUGCUUGCCCUAAAGGUUAUGAGCCGGAUGCAAGGACAAUUAAGAGAGCACUAAAGGCUGGAGUUAGCAAAAUUGAGAUAACUAACGAUCCAAAGGAAGCUGUUAAAGGAGCCGAUUUUGUGUAUUCAGAUGUUUGGGCCAGCAUGGGGCAAAAGGAAGAGGCUGAAUAUCGCCGUCAAGUGUUUCAAGGUUUCCAGGUGAAUGAAGAGCUAAUGGAAUUAGCAGGUCCAAAAGCCUAUUUUAUGCAUUGUUUACCAGCUGAAAGAGGCGUGGAGGUUACCAAUGGGGUCAUCGAAGCCCCAAACUCUAUUGUCUUCCCCCAAGCUGAGAACCGAAUGCACGCACAAAAUGCAAUCAUGCUUCACGUCCUUGGGUUAUAA